AUCUUCCUUAAUUCUUUUACUCUGUGUAUCGGCAAUCUGACAAUUGGAUGGAGCAUAUUCAAAUUCUGAAAAUUAUUGUAGAAAUGUUUUUACCUCAUAUGAACCACCUGACAUUGGAACAGACUUUCUUUUCACAAGUGCUGCCAAAGACUGUCAAGUUAUUUGAUGACAUGAUGUAUGAGUUAACCAGUCAAGCCAGAGGACUAUCAAGCCAAAAUUUAGAAAUCCAGACCACUCUAAGAAAUAUUUUACAAACAAUGGUGCAGCUCUUAGGAGCUCUUACAGGGUGUGUUCAGCACGUCUGUGCCACACAGGAAUCCAUCGUUCUAGAAAAUAUUCAUAGUCUCCCCUCCUCAGUCAUACAUGUAAUCAAAAGUACAUUUGUACAUUGUAAGAAUAGUGAAUCUGUCUAUUCUGGGCGUUUACACCUAGUUUCAGACCUUCUCCAGGCUCUUUUCAAGGAAGCCUAUUCUCUUCAAAAGCAACUAAUGGAACUGCUGGAUAUGGUUUGCAUGGACCCUCUAGUAGAUGAGAAUGAUGAUGUUUUGAAUAUGGUAAUAGUUAUUCAUUCAUUGUUGGAAAUCUGCUCUGUUAUUUCCAGUAUGGACCAUGCAUUUCAUGCCAAUACUUGGAAAUUUAUAAUUAAGCAGAGCCUUAAGCACCAGUCAGUUAUAAAGAGUCAACUGAAACACAAAAAUAUAAUUACUAGCUUGUGUGAAGACGUUCUUUUCUCCUUCCAUUCUUGUUUACAGUUAGCUGAGCAGAUGGCACAUUCAGAUGCACAGGAUAGUGCUGACUACAGAUUAUUUCAGAAAACAGUCAAGUUGUGUCGUUUCUUUGCUAACUCCCUUUUGCACUAUGCUAAGGAAUUUCUCCCUUUCCUCUCUGAUUCUUGCUGUACAUUACACCAGCUUUAUCUUCAGAUACACAGCAAGUUUCCUCCAAGCCUGUAUGCCGCCAGGGUUUCUAAAGCACAGCAGGAAGAAAUGGCCAGUACUUUCCUAGUCACCCUGGAUCCCCUCAUCUCUCAGCUUCUCACAUUCCAACCUUUCCUGCAAGUGGUUUUGGACAGUAAAUUAGAGCUGCCAUGUGAACUACAGUUCCCACAAUGUCUGCUGCUGGUUGUCAUCAUGGAUAAGCUGCCCGCUCAGCCUGAGGAUGUGCAGACCCUGUGGUGCACAGAGAGCCAGGUCUCAGAAACUACAACCAGGGUAUCUCUACUCAGAGCCAUUUUCUCCAGUUUUGAGCAGUGUUCUGGUGAACUCUCUCUACCCGUCCAUUUACAAGGAGUAAGGAGUCAAGGGCAAGCCGAGGUUGCUGUCACCUUGUAUCAGCAUGUGUGUGUUCAUCUGUGUGCAUUUAUUGCUUCCUUUCAUCCCUCACUGUUUCCUGAACUGGAUGCUGCUCUGUUGAAUGCUGUGCUCAGUGCCAAUAUGAUCACCUCUUUGUUAGCUAUGGAUGCAUGGUGCUUCCUUGCUCGAUAUGGGUCUGCUGAACUCUGUGCACACCAUGUCACCAUCGUGGCUCAUUUGAUAAAAUCUUGCCCUGGAGAAUGUUACCAGCUCACCAACCUAUCAGUGCUGUUGAGGCGUCUGUUCUUCUUCAUGGCCCCACCCCAGCAGGUGGAAUUUAUCCAGAAAUUUUCCCCAAAAGAAGCAGAAAAUCUGCCCCUGUGGCAGUGUAUUUCCUUCCGGGCAUUACCUGCUGAGCUGAGGAAACAAACUGCACAUGAGGUCACCAGAGUGGGCAUCGCACAGUGUAAGAAGUGGCUGAGCGGCACACACACUUUGGGAGAACUUGAAUCUCUGAUCGCAGCGCUCUCUGCUUUGCUCGCUGUGUGUAGUUCUGCCAGUGAAGCUCUGGAUACUGGACAACAAACUGCAGUUGUGGAAGUUGGGAGUCAGCUUUGGGCUUUUUUAAAUGUUAAACUGGUAAUAGGUCAACCUUAUGUUCAACAGACACUCAACCUUUUACUUCCACUGUUGGGAUUUUUCAUUCAAACUCUAGAUCCCCAGCUGAUACAGCAGGUAGUAACUCUGCAGACCUCACUACUUAGAUUAGAGCCCCCUGACCACGUUUGUUUGGCAGUGCUCGAUUUUGUGUGUUCUCUAGGAAAACUUUUUAUACCUCAAGCUAUCCAGGACAAAAUUCUGCCCAACCUGUCUUCUAUGUUUGCCUUACUGCUAACUGACAGAAAUUGGCUACUAGAACAACAUACCUUGGAGGCGUUUACUCAGUUUGCUGAGGGAACAAAUCAUGAAGAGAUAGUUCCACAAUGUCUCAGUUCUGAAGAAACUAAGAACAAAGUUGUAUCCUUUCUGGAGAAGACUGGGUUUGUAGAUGAAACUGCAGCUGCCAGAGUGGAGCGUGUGAAAAAGGAAAAAGGUAUUUUCUGGGAACCCUUUGCUAAAGUGACUGUAGAAGAAGCAAAGUGGUCAUCUUCACAGCCUUAUGCAAAAAGAGCCCGUCACGAGCUCCCUCUGGAAGAAGAGUACAGGUCAGCAGUGCAGGCAGCAACGGGGGCCCUGGAGACAGUUGAGUUACUGCUCCAGAAGUCUCCUGCUCCAGACUGGCUUCUGAUGAAAAUGGAAACACUCCAGGAAAGGAUUGAUAAGCUGAAACGUCGUGUACUCGAGGGUGAAACUUGAAUGGACUGGGCCAUAUUAUCACUAAAUAAAAUUAGAUAUGAUUUUUGUCAUCCUACAAUAUGUCUUUCUUGUAAAUGAAAAUAUUGAUGUAAUUAUGUCUGUACCUUUUCUAACACAUAAAACAACUUUUGUAAGUUGAA